AGCAAGAGUACAUUACUUCCAAGUUUCAGUUAUUGACCGCUCACCAGAGUCUAAUUCAGAAACCAUUGUCCUUUCUUUCUGAGGUCCUCAUUUCUCCAGUCUCUCUCUCUCUCUCCUGCUCUCCUUAAGUUGAAGUGGUGAUUGGAGUAACCGCCAACUUCCUGAGAUGACAAGUAUCUUGGCGAGCCGGCUUCCAGCAAGACUGCCGCCGACUGGAGACAAUUUUGGCCUUCUUCUCAAACCUGCUGAUUGCAGAAUCCUCUGUUUAAGGUAUUCAAAUUUGGAAACUCACAUCUGCACCCGUAUGAGUGGCGCUCCUACCCAGCGCCGCGCUAGGGGCUCGUGCGUCGUUUUUUCCGGUAAAUUGGACGAUAAUAUUGAAGGCGAUGACGGCUCUGACAGGGAUGAAGGCGGAAUUGAUCCUGUUAACAGUGACCUAAUUAGGGAAGAACUUGAAAAAAUUGUUGGGAGAGAUGACUCCAGUUUCAGUGGGAUAGAUCUUGCAACUCUUAUACGGAACAGAUAUGGAAGGUCUUAUGAUGUGCAACUAAUCAAGAAGGAAUUCAUGGGCAGAAACCUCCUUGCUUUAAAUGUCAUGUGGAAGUACAUGGAGCAGAGAUCGUUCCCACUGACUGAAGAAGAGUACAUUUUGAGGCUUGAUGAUGUGGCAAAUACUUUAAAAUGUUGGGGCGCUGUCUCACAUAUCCGAAACAGUCUCGAGAAGGUGAAAGAACGGCCUCGGAUUGGCAAGGCUGUAAGCAUCUUCAUAGAUAUGGACGAGUCUGGGGGCCGAGCAAACGAGUGGAUAUACAAGUAGGCCUUUCCAUAUUCCAGUUGAUCUUUUUUUAACAGUUGUAGGUGCACUAUACUAUAUAUAUGCCGUCCAUUCUUUGGUUAUAUUGGCAAAGCUGGGACGCGUUGGUUAAUGCUUUAAGAUCGUAACGUUGAGGAAACAUUGAAGACCAGCUUUAUGGUCUGGCGAUGGCAUUGCAAGUAAGCAGAUCCAUUAGCAAAACUGACUCGUAUUACUAGUGUUUAAUAGUGUGUUAUUCUUUCCCUUUCUUUGUAAAUCCAAAAUGACAAGUACUAUAUGUUCUUAUACGACAAAUUAUUCAUAUAAUUUAGUAUUGCCCAUUAGUUAUUGCUUGAA